UCAAAUGAAAGUGCGCGAAACCGCAGUGGAGGGAACCAAUAUGAUCUGCUACCCUUAGACAAGAAAUGCGAAACGUUCUUCGUGACUUUCGAUUUCUACUCUCCUCGAGCUCAUUUUAUCAUUGUGCCCCGCAAAAUGUUUCCUGUCCGGGAAAAUUAUAAUGAUCUUCAUCGUACAACCAGGCUAAGAAUUAUCGCAGCAGCAAAAGCCAUGGUCUCUCACUAUGGGCUUGAAAAGUCGGCUAUUUUAUCUGUCCACUUGGGGUCAUGGAUGGCCAAAAACAAUAGGUUUCAUGCCCAUGUUUGUGUAGACCUGGAUGAUUAUCUUCGCCUUUUUAAGACGAAGAAGGAAGAAAUCCCUGGAUGGCCCUCGAGAAAGUACGUUACGAAAGAAUAG